AAAUCCAGAGUCUUCCCCGAAAUCCAGCGACUCAGGCGACCUCGCUGUAAGACACUGAGCGCGACACCUCUCGGAAUACGGCGUCCACUCCGAGCGACUCGAAUAAACACGCUUCAAAGAGCUGGUAGUUUAGAAGUAGCAGCGCAUGGUUUCCUACCCAGAUUCCCAAGGCGCAGAGCGCUCUCUCGCCAUUCGCCGGCCUCCUUCCGUCGCAUCUCAUUCUUCUCGCGCCUCGACCGUCCGCAGGCAUCGCCCGCAUCGCUCGCAUUUCGGAGGCACGUCGUACCAGCCGCAGAAUGAGUUCCCGGUGUUCACGCACACGGGCGACGUGGAGAUAAUCAUUGCAAAUGGGAGGAAAGAGCAGCGCUAUCUGCUGCACAAACUGAUACUCACGCAAUGCUCGGGCUUUUUUGAGGCAGGCACAAGUGACGAGUGGUCGAUGGCUGGGGAAGGGACCACCUCGCAGAACUACAACGCGGCUGCAUUCGCGAGGAUACCCACCGGAGCUCCCCAGGAGAAGAAGAGAUGGAAAUACGAGCUGGAUUGGGGCGGGGACGACGAUAUUCCGAUGCUGAUACAGAAGAAAUCCGCGCCUACUCUCUUCGGCGGCGAUGCGGCUCCCCAAUCCCAACCACCGCCACCGCGCAAUAAGCCUCCAGCCCCUCAAUCAGGCUUCUUCCGCAGUAUGGCUAACUUUUCCUCUCUCCACGUCCCUGCAACAGCACAAGACCCCGAUGACGACACGUUUCGUGACUAUGACAAUCUAUUUCGCGUAUUCUAUAAUUAUCCUCCUACUCUCGACCCCAUCAACAUUGCCAAUGCCUACGUGGAGUGCAAGUCCCUCCUCCAGCUCGGCGACAUGUACGACGCCCUUGAAGUCAUUGGGCCGAGAGUAGAUCACCACCUGCUGCGAUUCCAAGGCAGGUUGUGGAAGCAAAUAGCAAAGUAUCCCCCUAGCUAUCUUAAGCUGGGGUAUCUAGCACGAAGCAAGGCAAUUUUUGCAGAGGCCAUGGUGCAUGUCGUGGGGCAGUGGCCACAAGGGAUAAACCAGCUGCGCGGUCAGACACCAGAGGCAGUAUUGGAGUUGAUCGAGGAUAAAGUUGAUGAAUUGGACGAGCUGAAGGCUAAAAUCGAGGGUAAAUUGUUUCGAUUGACUCUCACGACAAGUCGAGGGGAAAGAGUGACACCGAGCAAUAACUGGCUGGACUGGAUGGCCAUGAGUCUUUUCAGACAAUGGCUCGCAGAAAAUACAACCCCUCCACCAGCCCCUAUUCUCAAAUCUCCGCGCGCUCCUUCCUCGAGAAAUGGAGAGGCUGUUCCUCCGCCACCCCCAACAGCUUUCAACACCGGCCGUGUUUUCCGUCUGCUUGGGACGGGAGGUCCGAGUUAUCUCGGCCAUGAUGAGUGCAAACGCUUCCUUCGAUUGAGCCCCGAACAAUACAACCGCGACAACCUGAAAAAAUUCGAGCGUCGUAUUGAUGAGAUCAAGAAUCUAGCAAAAGACGUCGUGAAGCCUCUCAUGCGAAAUUUCCUAGAACUCGAUCUUGGAAGUCAGGGUGGUGGGCUGCCGUAUUUGACUUGUACGAGGAUCGAUCCGCAGGAUUUUCCAUGGGACGAGUAAAAACUGAAGCAUUUGCAUAAUCAUCUCAGAUUGAUAUAUGUUUGUGGAAUGAUAUGAUUUCGGACCGGCGGGCAUGGGCGGGGGAGUU